AAACUGCAAAGCCACCAAUUGUACUGUCACACGAUCUUUUCUUUCUCCUAUUUCUAGGGUUUAUACCUUUCAAUUUUCUCUCUUCUAACCUAACAACACAUUCAAUUCAUCUUUCUUCAUCUCUUCCUCAAUUUUCCAUCAAUCCUGGGAUCCUGGGCUACGCAUCUUCGUCUUCUCUCUAACAUCUCUGUUUCUUCCUCCGAUUCAGGCUCGCCAUUAUCGUAAACAUUCAUAUAUUAUUCAUGAUGGACCGUGGCAAGAGAUUCCAGAAACUUCAAUACGUCCCUAAAGGAACUAUAAAAGGAACUACAAGUCAUAGUCAGCAGCGGAAGGAUGAAGAUGUGGUUUCUAGAAAAGAUUGUAUCUCAUCCGUUUCAACAUCAUUUGUGCCCUCCUCUGGAGACGAUGCUGGCGUUGCAGGUGUGAAUGAAUCAGAAGCUCUGCCUUGUUAUGCAUCAGUCCCAACAUCUAUUGGUGUGCAGAGCCAAACGGUCAAGGGUUCUGUAAUUGCAAAAACUCAUCCAAAAUCCCCUGGUCCAAUGAAGCCGAAUAACUUCAAGUCUACACAUAGAAAUGAGAGUUUAACCAGCACAAUAUAUAAGCCCGUGACUAAUACAGAAAAAGAUAUCAAAAUUAUAAACAAGGCUCCUCAUGUGCAUUCUAAUUUUACAGCAGCUACCUCUCCAACUACAUAUCAGCAGCACGNUACGUAA